CGCCCCCCCCCCUCCUGCCCCCAUCCAGCCCGUCCUGAACUAAACUCAGUUUAAACCUGAAACAUGAACUAAACCCGUCCCAGCUCCUUCUGCUCCUCCCUAAACCGUCCCUCUAAUAAUUUCAACCAAAACAUCAAAUCAGUUAUAUAAAUAUAAGUGUUGAACAGGGACAAAUUGAACCCAGUGUUUUAAGUGUUGGAUAUUUAAAUAAACUUUUACCAUGGCUGCGUCAGUCGGACCUGAAAAAGAAACAAACUCUAAACAGGUUUCAAUACAUAUUAGAGAGGAUUCAGAUUCAGAGCUGCAGGCGCUAUUUGAUAUACCCUUAAAGGGGGGUCAGAGGCCGUUGCAAGUUCCCAUGCGGAUGCGAAACUUUCCGCCGUCGUUUUGGCAACCCCCUGUUCUAGGCUCUAAAUCUCCUAGUGUACAUAGUCGUGAAAACUCCUUGGAUAACUCCUGUGGACCAUUUUCCCCUGAUCCAGUAGCAUCUCCACAACCUCCUGUAGGUCAUCAUAGUAGAGCAAACUCAUGUCCAGCAAACCUUGGGCAAACCUUGGCAGUCUCUCUUCAGCAUCAGAAUCAUGCUCUACAGAACCAUCAUCUCCGACAGCAGAGCUACGAUGUAGGAGGAGGAGGAGAUGAUCUAGGACCUCUGCCCCCUGGCUGGGAGAUGGCCAAGGCACCCAACGGACAAAUUUAUUUCAUGAAUCAUAUUACAAAGAGUACACAAUGGGAAGACCCUAGAAAGGCUAUCCAGCAGCAGAUGUUAAAUCAACUGAAUGGCACGGCAUCACCCCGUAGCUCAGCGGUCAGUUCUCCGGUUCCUAAUGGACAAGGAGGAGUAGAUCUAGGACCUCUUCCACAGGGUUGGGAGCAGAGUGCUACCCCUGAAGGAGAAAUGUACUUUAUUCAUCAUCUUACAAAAAGAACAACUUGGUAUGAUCCCAGAAUCCCAAUCCAUGCUCAGCAGGUUCCAUUAAAACAGAGACAAGAAUCCACACAUGCUCAGGCCCAAAAGCUGCAGCAGGAGGCUCGACUGCGACGGUUGGAGAAUGAGCGGCGUGUACUGCAACAGAAGAGAGCAGAGCUAAACCAGUUUAUCACCAGACAACAACAAGAGAAGUUAGAAAUGAUGAUGCGACACACCCUCUCUGAGGGCGGAACGAAGCUUGACCCUUUUUUGGCGCAAACAAACGGAGAUCCUCAUAUUCGUCAGGAGUCAGCUGAUAGUGGUCUUGGGAUGGGAUCAUUCCCAAACCUUGGGACAAUUAGUGAGGAUAUGGGUAGGUUAAUCAUUAUAUUUGGGACAAUUAGUGAGGAUAUGGGUAGGUUAAACAUUAUAUUUGGGACAAUUAGUGAGGAUAUGGGUAGGUUAAUCAUUAUAUUUGGGACAAUUAGUGAGGAUAUGGGUAGGUUAAUCAUUAUAUUUGGGACAAUUAGUGAGGAUAUGGGUAGGUUAAUCAUUAUAUUUGGGACAAUUAGUGAGGAUAUGGGUAGGUUAAACAUUAUAUUUGGGACAAUUAGUGAGGAUAUGGGUAGGUUAAUCAUUAUAUUUGGGACAAUUAGUGAGGAUAUGGGUAGGUUAAUCAUUAUAUUUGGGACAAUUAGUGAGGAUAUGGGAAUGGAAAAUAUGGAUACAGACCUGGAUACAACUCUUACAGAUACAAACCAACAGAUACAGAUACAGCAACAGCAAGGGAUGGAUACAGAGGAGCUGAUCCCUACCCUGCCUGAGCUCGGAGAGGAGCUGAGCAGAGACUUUAUCAACACCAUCUUCAACACCAACACACCCGUAGAGAACGAGCUCACCUGGCUCUAGAACCUCAACAGCAACGUGAUGUUCAUCAUCAUCGUUCAAUCAAGUUAAAUCAAAGACAAAAUAUCAACUUUUAUAAUCGAGUCCAGAUAUCGUUACGCAUUUAAUGCGUACAGUUCUCUGCGUAUUCGUAGACAAAUAAUCAAACUGCGUGAAACUCUUCACACGCUAGAGAUUGGAGAGUGACACAUGUCAAAUCAUAUACGCACGUUACACAAUAAUUUCGGUUGUCCAGUGCACACUAAUGCAUUUUUUGCAAUGUAAAAAUAGUUCAUUCUUUCUAAUAACAAUUUCAGGAACCUUUUUACUUGUGCUUGACCUUAUAAGGGAUAUUAUAUAUUCUAUAUCCCCUCCUCCCUCUCCAAAUGAACAUUAAAUGCGUAUGGUUUGUGGAGGUGAUUUUUUAACAUGAGUGAAUUUUUUUUCUACCAGUUGGCAGAGACGCCUUAAUUAAAAUUACCAAAUCCGUCCAAUAUGCCCUGAUAGCGUUAACUUGGAAAUGCUCACGUAUAAACUGGGAUAUUUUCGUAUAUCUCUUUGCAUUGUUUAGAUAUCAUGUAGCACUGCAUAUUAAUUUAGGAAUUGUUAUGAUUACUAAACUGAAAAAUCCUCGAUUGCUGACAUUUCUAAAGGUUGCAAAAAAUCUGAAGAAAAUUGACAAAACGCAGUUUUCACCAAUAUAAUUCACCUUCAUAUAUAAAUAGCAAUAAUUUUGAGAACUAGAACAAUAUCUUGUGAUUAUUUAUUCAAAUGUUUUUUUAACAAUCGAGAGCCUUAAUUUUGAAAAGGUUCCGUCCAAAAGUUAAAUGGUUGUUCACAAUUAAAUCUUGGAAAGAUAAUUUAACGGCAAUAGUUACUAAAACAAAUCUCGCCAAUUCGACUUUCAGCCAUGAAUUAAAGUUCCUUGAAAGGGCAGAUAUCAUGAAUUAAAGUUCCUUGAAAGGGCAGAUAUCAUGAAUUAAAGUUCCUUAAAAGGGCAGAUAUCAUGAAUUAAAGUUCCUUGAAAGGGCAGAUAUCAUGAAUUAAAAUCCCUUAAAAGGGCAGAUAUCAUGAAUUAAAAUCCCUUAAAAGAGCAGAUAUCAUGAAUUAAAGUUCCUUAAAAGAACAGAUAUCACCCAAAAAAAAACUUUUAUUUCGGAAAUAUCUGCCCUCAAACAUCCUUGCAGAAUGCAGAUGUCUUCCACAUGUUUUCAAAAUUUCUGUUUUUGAAAAAAGGUGAUUUUUCUACUACAAUGUGUUGUAAAUAUUUGUCUGAAUAUUGAAAUCUUUUUCUCAAUAAUUAACUUUCUCUUGCCUGUGUAAACGAAAAUGUUUUCACAUGAAAAUCUGCAAUUUUUUCUGUAUUACAGGACCAUACUUUUAUACCAUGCUCAUCAAAUCCUUGAAUUGUGAAAUGAAUCUGUUUUAUUCAACAUUUUAUUGUGAAUUAGGUUAAAAAUCAGCCCGUGUACAAAAAUCAAAAUUAUUUUGAAUUUUGAAAAAGUGCCUCGUGCAGCUAAAUAUUGUAAUAGUUUGUAAAAAAUGCACAUAUGUAAAUAUCUGAUUAGUGUGCCUUAUCCUAUAAUGUUCCGUCCUAUUAUAUAUAUAUAUUUUAUAUUAUUAUUUGAAUAUAGCCGGAAGGGGGGAACUUAUUCUGCCCCCCCCCCCAUUCCACUUGGAUGAAUAAUAGUGCCUUUUAUUAGUUUCCUUAACAUGUUUGUUUUAAUUCCAACUUUGUAAUUUGCUGAUAAAAAAGUUUGUGCCAUAUUUAUGUAUGCUUGUAAGCGUAGUAGUUGGAUACAAAUAGAUUAUCAAGUACAAUA